AUGAAUAUUUUAAUGAAGUCUGUGAUACACGCUCAAGGAUCUUACGACAGUAUUCGUCCGCUCCUUUUACACCAUUUUGCAACUGAUGACCCUUCUCGGGUUUUUAUUGACACGCUCUUUGACACAUACAAAUUGAUGUCUUCUAAAUUGUUGGCAAAUGAUAAAAUAUUCAAUGCGGCAAGGCAGACUACUUCACAAAUUCUUGAGGACACAACCAAAGUUCGUGACCUUCUUCGAAUUGAUGAUGACCAAUCGCUCUAUGAGCAGAGAAUGGAAGUAGACUCACAAGCGACAACUGUUCCUUCAUCCUCAAUUUUUCGUACUGGUAAUAUCCACCCACCUCCAUCAAUGUAUUCUGUUAACCAACCAAUUUCAUUCACAAUUAAUAUUGGCCGUGCUGCAACUACUGCUUAUUCAAGUGAGCAAUUCAAACACUGUUGGAACUACAUCAGAAACUACACCAGCUUCACUUUCGACAACAACUGAACGUC